AUAGUGUUGCCGGACUAUUUGGCCAUUUGCUUCAUGGGGUGUUCGGAAAAACAGUUUAGCAUAUUGUUAUCGCCCCUCAAAUCAGCUUGACAGUGCCAAGCGUCUGUUUACUGUCACCACGCCUUGGACAAAUAAAUCUCGCCGUCAAACCAUCCACAUGAGGCCAACUUCAUAGUUUCUGGCCACUGACCUGUAGCCAAUGGAUCGCUAUUGGCGCUCAAAAACCCACGGAUAACUGUUGGAGCUAACGGUUUGGCUAGUAGCUGUGCUAGCUGUUGUCAUUCUCAGCACAUCCACUCAGAGGCAGAUGGACGUUUCGCCUUUCAUCCGAGCAGGGUUCAUCAGUUCAGGCACGAGCAUCGGUAGGAAAAAUAACUGAAAUAGCUGUCAGGGGUGAGGGGGGAGCCGCCGCCUCCGCUCUCCAGAGGGUUCAUCGGCCGCCGGCUGAUGCAGCGAUGCGGCACCACUGGUUGUUCCUCGGGGCUUGCGGCUGGGUGCUGCUCAUCCUCGUGUUUGUCACCAAGUUCAUUAGCCACAGAGCUGUCGAUGAAUAUGAUGAAGAGAGGCUCGGUGUUCAGAGUUCGACUGUGUCGGGACACACGGCGGCGAAGCUUCCACUGCCCUCUGCAGAAAAAACGGUUUCGCAGCAACCGGAUCAGUGGAGGGCUCAGUCUUCAGCUGCCCCCACGGUGGCUGAAUGGGACUCCGUUGUUGGGAAGAGACUACAACUGCUCUCAGCUGUAUGCAACAACAGCAGCCUCAGGAAUUUGACUCGCAUCCCAAUCAGCAAGUUUGUACUGGACCGCAUCUUUGUCUGCGACAAGCACAACAUCUUAUUCUGUCAGACACCCAAAGUGGGCAACACGCAAUGGAAGAAGGUCCUAAUCACCCUCAACGGAGCCUUUUCCGGCGUGGAGGAGAUCCCAGAGAACCUGGUCCACGACCAUGAAAAGAACGGCCUACCUCGCCUCUCAUCACUAACGCCGCAGGAAAUUACACACAGGUUAAAGAAUUACUUUAAGUUUUUCAUCGUGAGAGAUCCAUUCGAGCGUCUGAUAUCUGCCUUCAAUGACAAGUUUAUAAAGAACCCCCGCUCUGAGCCUUGGUACCGGCAUGACAUCGCUCCCGCCAUCAUCCGCAAAUACCGCAGAAGCCAUCGUGACAGUGACCAUGCAGCGUCUGGCUUACACUUCGAGGAAUUUGUCCGCUACCUGGGGGACGUUGAGGGCCGCCGCCGGAUGGAUCGUCAGUUUGGCAGGCACAUCAUUCACUGGAUGACGUAUGCAGAGUUGUGUGCGCCAUGUGACAUCCACUACGAUGUCAUAGGACACCACGAGACGCUGGAGCGAGAUGCUGCCCACAUCUUGAGGAGAGCAGGCAUUGAGCAGCUGGUGUCCUACCCGGCCAUCCCUGCUGGCAUCACACGAUACAAUAAGACCAAGAUUGAGCGUUACUUCUCAGGAAUCACCAAACGGGACAUCAGGCGCCUGUACGUGCGCUACCAGGGUGACUUUCACUUAUUUGGAUACCCAACACCUGACUUUCUACUUAACUGACAUUAAUUAGUCAGACGGAAUCUGUUCCUAAUCUUUGGGGCUGAUUGUGUGUUACACCGCGCAUCUAACAAGUGCAGUGUCAGAACUAUUAACACAAUAGUCACUCAAAUGCGAGAUAUUGUUGUAGUAGCAAUGACAAGCUAGUAUCAGUACACUGUAUGGAUUGCAAGGUUUGAGCCUAUCAGAAUGAACUUUUAUACAGUUUUUGUACACUUGAGAGGAUGUGGUAGAAUGAUAAUAAAGUGAAGGAGCAAAGAACCUAAUAAUUAAGUUCGGACACAGCCAGACUUGCAACAUUGUCCCACUCCACGAUGGAGUCAUUGCUCUGGAUGGCAAAAGCUCACACCAUUCUUUUAGGCUGGUCGUCACAAUGACCUAGCUAAGCAUUUUAGAAUGAUUAGAAGUGUAUGCAGUGUAGAAAUGAAGGAUGGAAACGGCCCUGUACACAGCCGGUGUUCCUGCCACCUACAGGGCCACCCUACUGGAUGGUUUUGUUUUGCUCAGAACAAUAAACACACAAACACAACCAGUUUGUAAAGCAUUUGUCCUCAUUAGGAUCAUGGCUGUGCUGGAGCAUAUCCCAGCUGACUUUCGCCAAGAGGUGGCAUACAACGUGGACUCGUCAUUAGCCAAUCGCAGCAAGUUCGGAGCUGAGAUGCAAACCCAGAACCUAAGACUUUAAAGGCAGACGUGCUAACCUACUAGACUACUGCUGCCUGCAAUUAAAACUAUUAUAUUGAUUUCAACUGCACAGCUUCCUCUUAAUGGAUAGUGCUGCUGAUAUUUUCAGGGAAGCUGUCAGGUCACUUGAGUCAUCCUGUUCAAAGAGUUUGCCCUGCUCUUACUGUCGACCUGUAGAGUUGUUUGCAUUCGCUUGUACUCUGUAUGCUGGGACAAAAGUAAGAUGCAGGUAUGCUAUAGUUUUGUUUAAUAUUUUUUAUUGGUCCCUAUCCAGCUUGGCUGAGAGCCGUAGGGAAUAAGUGGGACUGAAGUAAGGCCUGGUACACACAAGGAUUAUUUUUUUUAUAUCUUGAUUGUACUUUUUGUAGUGUUCUCCGAUACUCUCGACACCGCCCACCGCACACAUAAAGAUUGUCUUUCACCACGGAUCUAUAAUCUAGUCCUCCAAGACAAAUCUCACGUGAUUUGUGAUCUAACAGAAAUGAAGACAAAAAACCAGAAACAACUGGGAAACUCAAGACGUAACCUGGUAGAAAGAAAGAACAUAUUUUUCUGUUCAGGAUUGCAAGUAAAUAAUGAUACAUAUCUUUGCAUAUAACUAAUUUGACAUUGUAAUCCAGAAAAUGUAUAAAAUCUUAAAUUUUUUGUACUACGGUAAUUUUUGAAAUUCAUGGAAACUUUUGUUUUUCGUUUUACUCUAAGCAUUAAUACCAUUUUGGUUAAAAAGCUUCAACAUACUCUUUUAUCAACCCUUAGUUUAAUUAGCAAGUAAUGCUAUUCAUUUAGGGCAGCUGUGGCAUAAACGUUACAUUUUGUGAAGGUAUAAUUUGUUCAUCACUGUAUUUGUGUAAAAGCCACACCAUACAAGUAUCGGUACUGAAAAAUCGUGGAGAAGAAAAUGAGAUCACAUACUAUAGCUACAGAAAAUAUUCUGUCCUGUACCAGAUCAUCUUUUUGAGUGUCAUUGUCUGAGCAAUAUUAAUGUAGCAAUACUGUAUGUUUCUUUUAUCUUGGCCUAGCCUGCCUGGUACACACAAAGGUAAUUGGGCUGUUUUUGUCCCUUCCUGGCCAAAGGUAACACAUGCCAGUUGUCUGUUUUAUAAGAUUAUCCGAUAAGAAAUAUCCUAUGGUCUGAGGUGUGUGACGAGUAAAACAGUGUCUGAAACGGGUCGGGGCCUACAAUCCUAAAUAUUAAACGUGUUCAAUAUUUGUGACCAAAAGUCUUCA